AACAUUGUAGGGUUAAAGCUAUAAAAGAAGGAGCAAUAUUACCGAGGAAGCAUAAAGUGUUUCAGACUCAGAAACAUCACCAAUCUCAAACAUGUUGGCUAUAUUUUGUUUAGCAAUCGCUCUUCCUCUCAGUUUCGCUGCCCCGGAGGAACAAAUCGUUGGUGGCUCUCCAGCAGCAAAUUGCCAGUAUCCAUCAAUUGUUCACUUGAUCUUUGAUACUGCUCAGGGUGGUUUCGCUUGUGGUGGUACACUAUUGGACAACCAACAUGUUUUGACCGCUGCCCAUUGCUUCAAUCCUGGAACUCGUUCAAUUUCUGUAAAUAUUGGUACCAAUAAUAACGACCAGAGAGGUCGAUAUGUUAUGACAGCUACUAAAUGGAAAGUACAUUCUCAGUAUUCUUCUAAACCCAUGCGCAACGAUAUUGCUAUGAUACGUCUGCCUAAGCCAGUGCCGUUUGGAAACUGUGUAACUGCUGCGGCCCUUCCUGCUCCCGGAGAGAAAUUUGACAGGAAAAGAUGUAUCGCGGCUGGAUGGGGUAAAACUGGAUUCACCAGCCCUUCAUCAAGCAAGUUAAUGCACGUAGCAAUGCCAGUUGUUGACCACAGUGUCUGCAAAAAGAGAAUGAGUUAUGCUUCUCUCACUGACCAACAUAUUUGUGGAGGUGACUUCAACUACGGUGGAGCCAGCACCUGUAUGGGUGAUUCUGGUGGUCCUUUCUAUUGCCCCAGCAGAACUGGCAACAUGGUUGUGGCUGGCAUCACAUCAUUUGGUUAUGACUGCGCUAUUGAUGCUGCCAUCUUUACCAGCGUUUCUUACUUCAGGAACUGGAUCAGUACCACAUUGAGGAGUUUAUAAAUUCUUGCAAGGCGAUGAAACUCUACAUUGUACCUGACAUCUCAACUAUUUUUUAAUAAAAUAGAUUUUUACUGAACAAUA